AUGAUCAUUUUGCAAGCUCUUGCUGGGUACAUUUCGACAUCUAAUCAACCUAAACCGUAUGGUAGCAAAAUUGACCUGCUUGCAGCAACUUGCUUGGAUGGGGAGCAGUACGACUUGUGCAGUAAUGAGUGGAAGCGAGGAGGCGUUUGUGAUUCAAUAUUACUCAAGCAACAAGCCAAAAAUUUACGAACAAAUGCUGCCAUUUUGUCAAAAUUAAUCAAGUUAGGCUACUCAGAUUGGAUGGUAGCUAUUGAUUGGGCAGGUGUGAACCACUAUGCAUAUACCCUUUCUCUCAGUAACGACACCUUUGUAGCAAAACCAUAUGAAAACCUUAUGAUACCAAAACGAAGUACACAGUUGAAAACUUUCAAGAACACACUUAACUUUCUUUUUAAAUGGAGGAACAUGUUGGAUAAAAUGGCUGCACAAAUUGAUGUUCAACCGAACGAAAAUCCUCUCCGUGGAAUCGUAGAUUUCACAAGUCAUACAACCACCACUAAAGUACCUACUAUCAUCAUCACACCCACACUGGGCAAGAGAAAAAUUGACGAAGUUGACCAGGACAAUGGCGAAUAA